AUGACGUCACAUGGUUACAAACAAAAUGAAAUAUCUCAAGAACUAAGCAUGGGAACACAAAUCUUCAAAACAAGUUAUUAUACAGUUUUAAGAGCAAUAUCGUUUAAGAAAAUUUCUCAUCAUCUUUGCACUCGUGGAAGAGUUUCGCUGCAUUGGUUCCACCACCAUAGAGAGCAUGACGAGGUUCCAAAGGAACCACCACAUCGUAAUAGUCGAAGUAUUGUUUCAUGUCUUCAUCACGUUCCAAUUCUUUCCUCAUGUCACAUUCCCACAUAUCAAUGACAUGGAGAACAUGAUCUAGGUAUUGAGUCUUCUCCAUGGUGGCUUGAAGGAGAUCAUGCAUGGUUUUUUCGCUGACCUUAUUGAUGGUGUCCCUUGCAUAACAAUUAAAACAACCUGUAAAAAAUAUCGUUUAUUUAAGGAAGGCGUUUAUGGGGGAAACUUACCGUGCCAGACAACCUGUAAAAAGUCGUUCAUUAGGGAAAUUUACCAUGCCAGAAACAGCCAUGGAAUUCAUACGCCGUAUUGGUCUCCUCAUCGUAUCCAUGCAGGGGAAUAUUUGCCAACACUCUUCUCUCCAACAGUUCGUUUAUGUUGAAUGUAGAUGUCAUUCUUCUCGGCAGUGUAAGAUAGCCAUUUCAAGGCGACGUUGGACUGUUUGAUUCUUGGAUGAUAACCGUGAGGAAGAAUGACAGCAAUAGUGUUCUCUUUGAGGAAAAACGAGAUUGCACGCCGACGCAAUGGUUAAGCAUUUCUCGAACGGAUCGAUAUCGAUGACGUCAUGGAACAACUCGUGAAAUACACGCUUCUGGAAAGUACGUCACUUUGGCUAUAGAGCCUCGUUUUCGUGAUGAGACGCGGCCUUUAACUGAUGUCAGAUACACGAGCCAAAGUGACGUACUUUCCGGAAGCGUGUAUUCAAGGCAACAGCGUCGGAGAAUAUCCACAUCCGAUGGACAGUAACUGAAGAUUUCUUGUUGGAAAUUGAAGACGUAAUUGCAACCUCGUUCCCAGGCUCUUUUCUCUGUGCUGGAGAAAAUACCCUGGCUGGGGCUGGUCACAUGCCACCUAAAUUCUGGGUAUAAUUUUUGUGGGAGGGGUAGUAGAGGAGUUUGUUUGUCGCGUUUGGAAAAUUGCAACUUUAUAGUUUAUGCGUUACAGUUUCUGGUGAUAAAAAUGCACUUUGCAACAAGAAAUCGUGAAAGGAACUGUUCUAAAUUCGUACUCAUCAUGACAAGACGUCCUGCUAUACUGAAUGUCAUCAAUAAUAAGUGUUGCGGUACAUUUCAAUUAAACGAGAAGUUGGAUAAUAUUUCACUUCCAAUGAAAGGACUAUACACGCACCUGGCUUGCGAAGUUGAGCACGCAUGGCCGUAGAAACAUACAGGGUGUAUAAAAAAAAGGAAAUCGAACUUCAGCGCGCUAUUAUACGUGAAUUACUCGGCGUAUGAACAAUUGGUUUUCAUAUUCGGAAAGAUCAGGCUUUUAGCUAUUGAAUGACAUGCUUUUCAUGCCAAGUGGAGAAAAAAUAAGCAUGUACGAGGCCGAUUAAAAAUGUUAAUCAAAAUCGCAUAUUUUCACCUCUGUGCCUAAUUAAAACAAUGCAUAACAAAAGAAAAAGCAAUUAAUCACGAACGUGUCGUAGCUUAACUAAGAUUUAUUCCUACUUAAUAAUAAUUAUGAAUAUGUGUGCAGUUUAAUGAAGUGAAAUUCAUCAACUUAAGUCCUAAAGGGGGUUCAUUUUCAAUGGUUUUAGACCCAACUCUCAACGGUGAAAAUAUGCGAUUCUGACUAACAUUUUUUAUCGGAUUCGUAUUUGCUUAUUUUUUAUCCAUUUGGCAUGAAGAAGAUAUCAUUCAACAGCUAAAAGCAUGAUCUUUCCGAAUGAGAAAAAAUCUCGUUCAUACGCAGAGUAAUUCAGAUACAAUAGCGCGCUAAAGUUCGAUUACCUUUUUUUUGAUACACCCUGUACAUGUCUUCUACAUCGACUGUCGACUGAUCGAUCAAACGAACGAUAUGGUUGUCUAUAAUUGAGGUGCAUCCUGCCCGAUAUUCAAAACAAAAAUCCUUUGUUUUCCCAAACAUCGCCAACUGGGUGUAAACAAUGCUAUCCUAACUGACGCUAUCCUGACUUACAUUGCUCAAACUCAACGAUGAAGAAUGAUUAUGUCGAAGAAAAAAACUAUAGCUAUCUGUUAUCACACGAACGCUAAGUAUACUCCUCCGUGCGUGCGGUACAACUUGAAUAUUUGGGACGAAACAUGCGACCAGACACUGGUAUUAUACUUUAUAGUAAAUUAUUUCAUAUUUCAUGUAUGAGAGUAUUUUACAGCAGGUACAUUAAAAAUCGUUUAAAGACCUUUCAUUGGCAUUGCCAUUGCCCCAUUCAUUGGGCUUUAUUUGAAGAAUAAUCCAGCUUAAAAUCCAGUUUCUUUCGACUUGUAUCAUGACGCUGUAGGUCAUCAAGACAAUAUUUAUAUAUAAUCAACCGUUAUAGUCGACGCCAGCCAGAAAGGCGCCAAGUAUCUUACCUAUGUUGACAAAAGAGUUAGCUUACGGUAGCAAUGAGCAAUUCUUCCACACGGACUCGUCUGUGGUUAUAGGAUACGUUUACAUAUCGAUGCUCGAAGAUUUCACACGUACGUCGGGAAUCGCGUACAACUUAUACGUGACUUAUCAAAACCAAACCAAUGGUAUCAUGUUGCCGGUAGCAAAAACCCUGCGGAUAAGGCCUCCCGUGGCCUCACCCCGAAAGAGCUAGUAGCAGACAAAGAGUGGUUAAUCGGCCCACAUUUUCUGUGGGACGAGGAAUCUAUUCUUUCGAAUCCAGAAUCCGUUGGAAAAUUGCAACCUGGAGAUAUUGAGGUUAAAAAAAGAGAGGACAUCCGUAUUGAUCAGCGAUGUAAGAAUCAAAGAACGUCCACCAAAAAUUCUAGAACUCGAUCGCUUCAAGAAUUCUUCCUCACUACAGGGUCUCAAAAAGGGUAUCUCUCGCAUUCAGAGAGUCGUAAAGAAGAAAGAUUGAAAGAUGAAAUGCAACGGACUUUCACAUUUCCGUAG